AUGUUUGUCUAUUUUCUUAAAAAGUAUUUAUUUCAAAUAUAUGUGACAUGUAACACAAUAUAAUUUACUCAUACAAGUGCUUUAGCUAUUUAAUUCUAAUGAUAUCUGAUCAUGUAUGUUAUGUUGUGUAAUGUUCAUUUACUAAUCCACAGGUUCAUGGCGCUCAGUAACACUCAGUUUAUUGAAAGUCGCGUGUUUGAUGAUGACGUCGACGUAACUGCGCAGGAGACACCUAAGACCGAUGCACCUCCAACCUCAGAAGGUAUAUCAGAACUGGAAAGCAUAAAACAAUCUGUGAGGAUGCUAGAGUCUUUGCACGAGGCCAUACAGAUUGUAGACUCCGACUCUGAUACAGACUCCGAUUCUGAACUCACUAGCAUUGUCUUGAGGCCUAAGGACAUGUACAAAUCCCGUCCACUGCCUCACGUAAUCGGUUCAACACAAUGGAGGAACAAAUGGCACGCCGGUCUUCUGGUAGAGGACAGUGAUACAGACAGUGUAACGUCUAAACCUGCGGCGCCGGAUGAGAUAUAUUCCGAGUCGGAAACGGACGAAUCACUACAGGAGGGUAGUAUUAAGUCUGAAGAAUCUUUCCCGGUUCAGCAGACAUCUAACCCCACACCGUCUGACGUGGCAGCCGAACUGGCGAGGAAACUGCGAGGCAAUCACACACAGGUGCCAGAAGUUGAAGAGUUCGUACCAAACCAACCUACCACCAAAAAAAUUUACAGGCCAGAACAACCAGCCGCCGGUAUAAUAUUCUCGGAUGAACCCCCACCUUUCGAAGAGUAUCAAUCAGAAGGUGAAGAAUACAGUCAGGAAGAGGACGACGAUAUAUUCGCAGAGUUGCAAAAGAAUAAACCUUAUUCUAAUAAGAGUAAAGUUGAUACUCGUGUAGCAGAAGAUUUGUUCGGUGGACUAAGCGAUAAUAAAGAUUUUCAAGGAGAUAUAUUUAAUGAAAUCGCUGGGACUGAGGCAACGUUACCUCGGGUUGCUAAACAAAAAUCGACCUUAUUUGAAAAUGAAUCUGAACCAGAGUUGUUUGCUAGCAAACCGAUAGAAAAACCUGCAACGAAACAACGUAACGACCCUCCUGACGUUGAAACAGUUAAGAAACCAGUAGGUGGAAUUUCUUUAUUUGGUUCCAAUAGCGGCGCGGAAAGCAUAGGAGCUGCCAUUUUAAGACGAAACCGUCGAAAAUCUUCAUCAGAUGAAGAAAACACUAAUGAAAAAAUACAAAGGCCUAAACAAACAAGAGAAAACUCGGUUAAGUCUACAGAGAAAGAUAUAUUUGAUGAUCUAUUCGCUAAAUCUGAAAGAGAACAAAAGGUCGCUAAAGAAAAAAAGGAUAAUGUCAUAGAUAGUAAUAAAUACGCUGAAGCUAAAAAAGUUGACUUAUUCAGUGAUAAUCUAUUUGAUGAUAUCGACGAUAUAUUCACAACAGACGUGAAUGUUAGUUCGAAGUCAAAUGAGAACCAAAAGUCACUUUUUGACGAUGCGGAUGAUGAUCUAUUUGCAAAUAUAGCUGUUUCUGAAACUGUGAAAAUUGAAGUUAAAGUUGAAAGUAAAAGUGUUUUUGAUAGUGACGAUGACUUGUUUUCUGAAAAUGUGAAACCUAAUACAAAAACACAUAAAGAAACAAAUAAGAUAAGUCAUUCAAUUGUAAAUGAAACUAGUGAGGUUAAUUUAAAUAGUAAAAGUAUAUUUGAUAACGAUGGCAGUGAUAGUGAUAUAUUUUCUAAAUUAAGUGAAACUAAAGCAACUUGUAGUAAUGCUUCCGAGAAAGGUAUAGACACAAAAAAUAAAAAUGUUACUUCAGAAAUUAAUGCAGUAGUUAGUUCUCAAAUUAUAAACAAAACCCCAGGCAUGAGUAAUAUGUCAAAUAAUAAUAGCCAUAACCAGACUGGUGCAAACCACCAUAAAGAAAAAUCUGGAUUACUAUUUGAUGAUGACGACAACGAUGGUGAUCUUAUAUUUACGAAAGUAAAUGAAAAUGUAUCAAUUCCUAAGAAAAUUCGUAAAACAUCAGUUGAUUCAUCGCCACCGAAAAACCUAAUCAUAGAUACUGAAAGUGAUAUUAGAACAACCAAAAUUUCGUUAUUUGAUGACAAUAAUGAUUCUGAUUUAUUCACUAGAUCUACCGAACCAUCAACUAAACAAGAUGGCGUAAAAAAUAUUCCACUGUCAUCAGAUGAUGUUAAUAGUAAAACAUCAAAUAACUAUAACGUAUUCAGCACUACAUCAAAAGAAUAUGCCAAUAUAAAAAUAUUAGAAAAUAUUUCUGAAAAUAAUAAUUUACAAAAAGCUGACAACACUGAUAGAAAAGAAAAUAGUGAAGCUUCAGAUAUAAAAUCGUCAACAUUUGAUGAUAGUAUUGGUAAUAGUGAUCUCUCUUUUGUUGGCAAUAACAAUACAAUGUCUUCCACCAAUAUAGAUACAAACACUGGAAACAAACAUAUUUUUGAUAAAGUUGUAGAUAGUACUCCUAAUAGUGAAAAUUUAGGAACCAUUGUUAAUAAAAAUACAUUAAAUUCAAAAGUAGAAACCAAAAAUCAAAACGAAUUUAGAAAUGAUGAAAAAAUAUUAGACAAUAAAAUAAAAGAAAUAAGUGCAGACCAAGAAAAUGUACACCUAAGUAAAGAAAACUUAAGAUAUAAUAUCCCAAAAUCUGACUAUGAUAAUUCGUCCUUACCUACAGAUGAAGACAUUAAAAAUAAUAGUUUAUUAAAUACGGUUAAAGAUGCACUAUUUAAUACGUCAGAUGAUAUAUUUAAAGAAAUCGUGGACGAACCACCAGCAUUUGAGAAACCAAAAGAACCUAAAAAGAGCAAAAACGUCAAUGCGUUAUUCGAUGAUGAUUCAGAUGAUGAAGCUUUGUUUUUCAAAAAGAAUGAUGCUACAUUUGAUGAAAAACCAGAUAAUUCUAUAAGUAACAAUGACCCAAUGUAUGGUGUGUUUCACAAUGAACCUCCGGCUAUUAACGCUAACAAUACUACAAGUACAAAAAAAACUGCUAAUGAACAGUUGGAAUUUGACUCCGAUGACGAUUUAUUUCAAACAAUAAAAAAAACUGAAUCAGUUUCUACAAAAGGUAAUGAACGUUCUCAAAAUUUAACCGCAUCUACUGAUAACAUUUUCAACACGAACGCUGAUGAUGAUUUAUUCAAAACUAAUACAACUACUAUGCCUUUUAAGGCAAACGAUAAAUCUUCCUUUGACAUUCCUGAGACCAGUAAUGUUUUGGCAAACGAAGAUUUCCCCGAUUCUUAUUCGAGCCAAAUCGUUCAAAAGCCAAUUUCGUUAUCAAAAUCCGCUACUGAACAAUUGCAAAAAGACAUAUCAAAAACGGAUAUAAGAGAUAAUUUAAACGAACAAUCAAAUUCAACUCUUACUACUGAAUCAAUAGAACCCACAACAGCCAAACUUCAAAUGCCUAAACAUGAAUCUCUUUCUUCUGACACAUUAGAUAGUCCAGAAAUUAAAAAAGUAGGUAAAUUAAAGAGUAUGAAUUUCAACAUAGAUGUGAGUACUUUACUUCCUGGAGCAUCUCCGAAGAAAAAAGGAAUGGAACAAACAGACGGACAGGUUUUAUCUACCAAAAGUCAGGAAGACUUACACCAAAAAGACAUAGAACAAACGAUUAUAAAAUCUCUAAGUUUCGAAGGAGAACCUGAUUCACAAAUCCUAGAUAACAAAAUAUCUAAAGAAAGAGCUAAAAUUCAAGUCAAAAGAAAACCUAGCACUAGGAAAGCCAGGAAAGAGGCCGUUCGGAAAUCUGUUUUAGAUAUAGGUGAAGAUUCCACUGAUAACUCUAGUUCUUUUGAUGACGUACCGAAGCCCGACGUAGUUAAUAAUGAAAUUAAACAGGUUAACAAUGUAGAAGAAGAUGAUAGCAGAGUUGUAAAUAAAAUAGAACAAAAUUCUGGCACGAAGCAAGAAGACUACUUUUACACUGAUUGUGAAACCAAAAACGAAAAGAUAAAAAAUUAUAAAAAUGAAAUAAUUGAUCAAACUUCUCUAAUGUUAAACAAUGAUGUCACAAUAAACGACAAACAUAAAAAUAUAUUAAAUGCAGAAUCAGACACUAAAGUUCAUUUCGCAUCAGAAGAGGCACUUUCAAGAAAUAACGAAGUCAAAAAUGUCACGUCUAAAGUAGUGUACAUACUUAAUGAUGAAGAUAUAUUUAAUGCACCGGCUGAAAAAUUUGCGGAGAAUCCCAAAAAGUGCUUAAAUAUUUUAGAUGAUGAUGAUGAUGAUUUGUUUGCUAAUCCAGGGCAUUCUUCAAACAUAUGCGAAAGAAAACCUACUAUAAAUACUUUAGGAAAAGUUUAUAGUGAAGCUAAACUAGAAAGAAAUAAAGAUACAAGUACUAAAAAGUCUAUAUUCGAUGAUUUAAGUGAAGAUGAAAGUGAGCUGUUUAAUGCAAAUAAAAAAGUGGCGACCAAACCGAAAAGUAUUCUAGAUUCGGACAGCGAGGACGACUUAUUCAGUGGUAAGAAAGAAACUAAACCAAAAGUAUCGAGUGUGAAAGAUACAAAAGACCUAAAGCCGAAAGUAGAAGUGAAAGCUUCACUAUUUGGCGACGACGAUGAUGAUGAUUUGUUCGGUGCCAAAGUUAAAACUGAAAGUGUUUCGAGUACAGUACCAAUAAAAACACAGAAGGAAGUGGUAACUAAAACCUCAGAACCAGUGCUCAACGACCCGUUGUCUAUGCUUAGUGGUGAAGAUGAUUAAUGUUAUAUUUAUUUAAUGAUACUAUAACUCAUAAAUAUAUACAGGAAUAAAUAAAUAUUUACUAUCCAAUAUAAAAUGAACGAACAAAAUGUUUCUUAUCAAUAUUACAUGUUUGAAAACUUUUUAGUAUCUGAACUCUAUGCCUUAAACAUAAGUGAUGUUUAUCAUUGUGCCGUGACAUCUGGCAAAGAAUCAUGUCCAAUUUUGACCUAAAGAAUUACUAAAAGGCCUAGUGAUAUGAUAUAUCUCAGAACGUAGCUAAUUUUUUACUUAUUUUAUAUCAAGAAAUUAAAUCUUAAAAUCAAAUCAGGAUAAAAAUUGCGAUGCCUAUA